GCCGGUGCUCAGCCUCCGCCCAGCCUUCACCCACCCCAGCUCCCUCCCCUCCCCGCGCGCCUCUGUUCACUCAGACUCCUCUUCCCUCUCCUCUCCCCUCCUCCUCCUCCCUCUUGCCUCUCUCCCCCACUUUUCUCUUGUCUCUUCUUUUGUAUUCUCUCCUCCCUCGCCGCCCCGGUUGCCUCUCGCCUCCUCCGGGCCGCAGGGGAGGAGGUGUGCGCGCUGCGCCCGGGGCCUGCGCGGCGCAGAGGGAGGCGUUUCUCCUACUUCUCCCGGGUAAUUUGGAGAGAUUCUCUGUGUGUGUGCGCGCGCGUGAGCUUGCGGCAAAAAGGGGUAGGAUCUAGCGCCGAGCAGAGAGGGUCAGGGUCUUUGACGUUCCUCGCAGACUGCACAAAUCUCCCGGAGCAAGAGUGAGCGUGGGUGAGAGUGCGUGCGCGCGCGCGCACGGGCUGGCUGCGUUUAGUACGCCUGGUGGCCCGGGGCCCCGGGGCCCGGGGUCCGGUCUGGCAGCCCGGGAUUACCGUGACGUCACAUUGAGCCUCUGGCCACCCAGGACUGGGACACCUCGGGAGCCUCACAGCCCGGCGCCGCGCCGCGCCUCACCUCGCCACCGAGCGCCCUUGGGAACCUGCGCCUUCUUCCCUCCCCUGCCCAUCCAUGGGCCCUUCUGUCUUCUGGACCCUACGGGCUGGAGGGGCGCCUUCCGGAGCGCAGGGCUCGGCAGCUGGGCUGCCCUCGGCUCUGCCUCCAGUCGCUCCAAGCGGGCGAAGGAACCGGCGCUGGGCACUCGCAGCGGUGUAAGGAAACCAGACGCCACAAGGCUAGGGGCACCGAACCGUGGGGCUGAGAGGGGAACUCCUAAGGGAAGAGGGAGACAGGACAGGGACAGCCACUAUGUCCUUCCCGCACUUCGGACACCCAUACGGCGGCGCUUCCCAGUUCCUGGUAUCUGCAAGUUCCAGCUCCACUUGCUGCGAAGCUGCUCCACGUUCAGUCUCAGAGGUGGCCUCCAGCUCCACCCCAGCCCCGGCUCUUUGCUGCACACCUUAUGACAGCCGGCUGCUGGGCAGCACCCGGCCUGAGCUGGGUGCUGCCUUGGGCAUCUACGGGGCCCCGUAUGCUGCUGCCCAGAGCUACCCUGGCUACCUGCCCUAUGGACCGGAGCCACCCCCACUGUAUGGGGCACUGAAUCCACAGUAUGAAUUUAAGGAGGCUGCGGGGAAUUUUACGCCCAGCUUGGCCCAACCAGGAGCCUAUUAUCCCUACGAGCCGACUCUGGGGCAGUACCAGUAUGACCGGUUCGGUGGGGUAGAGCUGGGCGGUGCUGGACGCAGAAAGAACGCCACCCGGGAGACCACCAGCACGCUCAAGGCCUGGCUCAACGAGCACCGCAAGAACCCCUACCCCACCAAGGGCGAGAAGAUCAUGCUGGCCAUCAUCACCAAGAUGACCCUCACCCAGGUGUCCACCUGGUUCGCCAACGCGCGCCGGCGCCUCAAGAAGGAGAACAAGAUGACUUGGGCGCCCAAGAACAAAGGCGGGGAGGAAAGGAAGGCAGAGGCCAGAGCAGAGGAGUCACUGGGCUGCCUAAACAGUGACCCCAAAGACGUUACUGCUAGCCAGGAGGCGCAGGGUCUCCCUCUGAGUGACCUGGAAGACCUGGAGGAAGAGGAGGAGGAGGAGGAAGCCGAAGAGGAGGAGGCCGUGGUUACUGCGGUGGACAGGCUGGCGGGCUUCCAGAAAGGCGCGCAGUCGCUGACCGCGACCUGCGCAGCAGCUCGGCAGGGCCGGGUAGAGAGCAGGGAGUGCGGCCUGGCGGCGCCCCGCUUCUCCUUCAGUGAGCCCCGCGGGUCGGGAGAAGCUGACUUCAUUGCGGCGGAGCCCGGGGGCCCCACGAUGAUCAUGCACUACCCAUGCGCAGAGAAACCGCGCAUCUGGUCUUUGGCGCACACCGCCGCAGCCAGCGCGGUGGAAGGUGCAUCCUCAACGCGGCCCAGGCCACAGAGUCCUGAGUGCCAUAUGAUUCCCGGACAGUCUCUAGGCUCCGCCCGGCGACCCACUUGCGAAGAAUCUUCCCUCAUAGCCAAAGCCUUUGGAAACUCCACGUUUACCCUUCAGGGGCUGCCGCUGAACUGUGCGCCCUGCCCGAGGCGGAAGGAGCCUUCAGUGCAGUGCCAGUACCCUUCCGGAGCAGAAGCAGGUUAGCGCAAUGGCUGCGAUUUGCAGAAGAAUCUUGGACAUGGGCCCACUUUUUGAACUCACCUCUGCUCUAAGAAACUGCCAGAUCUUGACAGGGACCAGGAGCUCCCACUUUGCCUAAGAGACAAACACACAGAAACCUUCCUGUAGCAGCCGACCUUGCACGCAGAGCUGGUGGCAGGACAGAUCUACACCUACCCAGAUCCGGCGGAGGAGGAGGUGUCUGGGCACCUUGAGGAAGGCGGGGGAAGCCAGGGAGUCUGCC